CCACCACCCCUCAAAGUACUCGAUGUAUAGUUAAAAAAUGGGAGGGCACACUUGAACCGAGCUGCUCUAUGAAGGUAGGCUGCAGCGUGUGUUUAUUGAUGAGAUGAAAAGAAGAUGGAAGUGAGAAAUGAAACAAAGUAAAGGAACAUAUUAAAAAAAACUAUACGCGCUUCGUCGGGGGAAAACAGGGGGAGCCUUGGAAACGCUGUCGCCACUUUUUAAACGAGCUUCGAAGUGCAGAGCAACACAUGAUUUGGACAGAGAGGACUGACAGCCUUGCCUAGCACCCGGCCUCUGAUCAGCCAUCUCCACCAGCAAACUGAAGCUUGACCCGCACUUCAUCACCAGCCUCACAAGCAUCUUCGGAACAAAACGUCAUCUAACUGUGACAUCAGUUGCAAGGGGAUGACCGAGCGCAUUCAUAACAUCAAUCUCCACAACUUCAGCAAUUCUGUACUUGAGACCCUCAAUGAGCAGCGCAACCGUGGGCACUUCUGUGACGUGACUGUUCGGAUCCAUGGAAGUAUGCUGCGAGCUCACCGGUGCGUGCUGGCUGCUGGAAGCCCCUUCUUUCAGGACAAGCUGCUCUUGGGCUACAGCGACAUUGAGAUCCCUUCUGUGGUCUCAGUUCAAUCCAUCCAAAAGCUGAUUGACUUUAUGUACAGUGGGAUUCUGCGGGUAUCUCAGUCAGAGGCCCUGCAGAUCCUUACUGCUGCCAGCAUCCUACAGAUCAAGACCGUCAUUGAUGAGUGUACCCGCAUCGUGUCCCAGAAUGUGGGCCUGGCUGGGCCGGGGGGGUUCCCUGUUAUACCAGGAGAUUCUGGUCAGGAAACACCCCGUGGCACGCCAGAGUCUGGCACCUCUGGGCCCAGCAGUGACGCAGAGUCAGGUUAUAUGCAAGCAUCAUCACAGCAAAGUAUGGAUCGUGCAUACACAUCACUGUACUCCUACCCUGGCCUCUCUCUGCAGAACGGCACCCGCGAGCGCCCCCUGUACAUUAACCCUCUGGCGUCAAAUUACGAUCCGACUCUCAGCACUCAGAAGGACCACCAAUCUCAAGAUCCGCCCUGGAUGAACCGCAUCCAGGAGAGAUCACAGCAGGUCGAUCGCUUCAUCUCCACAGCAGAGUCCACUCACUGCCGCAAGCAACCCCGACCGGUACGCUUACAAACAGCAGGGAUGCACAUAAAGCAGGAGGCCGAAGACGAGUACAGCUGCUACGAUAAUUUGGGGGACUGCCAAGAUGACACUGACCAUACUGAGGGUGUAGAGAGUGAAUCCAAGGUUGAAAGUUUUGACUCAGGGGUGAGCUCCUCCAUCAGUACUGAGCCAGAUGCCAUGGAGCAGCAGUCGUACCUGACGGGCUUUGGCCGAGACGUGAGCGGGGACGGGCAGCAAGGCGAAGGAGCUCCAGUGCAUAUAGAGGUCAAUGACUCGUCCCCAGAGCAAGUGCAAGAGACAGAGGACGGGGACACAUCCCACAGCACUAGUGACAGUAGCAUGAUGCAGCCCCUGCCAAACUCAGUCAUGUCCCAGUCCCUGUCAAGUGCCCCGCACUACAUGCGCUCGGCAGAAUCACACACCAGCAAUCUGAGGAUGCCGCUCACCGUGACCAGCAAUUCCCAAGUGAUGGGCACUGCUGGAAGCACCUUCCUGCCCACACUCUUUCCUACACAGCCGGCUAGAGACAACAAGCCUUUCCUUUACCUUCCUGGCCAGCAGCAACCCCAGUUUGUGGCAGUGCCGCCCCCUGCAAUGCCAUCAUUCCCGAACCCCAUGUCGGUACAGCAAGCGCCACCUCAGCAGCAACAGGCUGCAGGAGGACUUGGUUCGGGGGAAAAGAAGCCCUAUGAAUGCACUCUCUGCAGUAAAACCUUUACUGCUAAACAGAACUACGUCAAACACAUGUUUGUCCAUACUGGUGAGAAGCCUCAUCAGUGCAGCAUCUGCUGGCGCUCGUUCUCCCUGAAGGAUUACUUAAUCAAACACAUGGUGACACACACAGGGGUGCGGGCCUACCAGUGCAGCAUCUGCAACAAGCGUUUCACCCAGAAAAGCUCUCUCAAUGUCCACAUGCGGCUGCACCGUGGAGAGAAGUCCUAUGAGUGCUACAUCUGCAAGAAGAAGUUCUCACACAAGACCCUGCUGGAGAGGCACAUGGCUCUGCACAGCACAGGCAGCACCAUCACAGGCCUGUCGGGGAGCGCAGGUACCCCGGGCCCAGUCUCCAUUCCCAUCCCUAUGGCUGUCCCUGAGCCUGGAGCUGGAGUGGUGGCCCUCGCCAUGCCAGUGAGCGGAGGUGCUGGAGUAGGGGCUGGGGUUGGAACAGGAGUGGGUGUAGCCGCAGAAGCGAGCUGCCAAGAAGGGACCACCUACGUGUGCUCCGUCUGCCCUGCCAAGUUCGACCAAAUAGAGCACUUCAAUGACCACAUGCGAAUGCAUGUCUCCGAUGGAUAAGUACUAAUAGAUAAACUUCUUUCAAAAAGAAUGACAAAUAAAAUGGCACUAGAUUUUCCUUUUCUUGUUUUGAGGUAUGAAGAGUAAUGAGUAUAGACACUGGCACAUUAAGUUUCCCAAAAAAGAUUUUUUUUUUUCUGUUAUUCUAAAAGGAAAAAAAAGAUGGUGGCCUUAAGGCUUAGUAGUUUGAUAUUGAUCUACUGGAUGGAUCCUAACUACAGGCCUCUAAAUGUAUGCUUUCCUAAAAUACUGAUUUAUGUGUUGAACACUACCGAAAGGCCUACGAAAGAAACACAUACACACAAACACACCUUUAGUGUAGAUAUGUCUGAAUGAAUAUACAUGUGCAUAUAUGUUUGAGCGUUUGCGUAUUUGCAUGUGUCUGUCUGUUUGUCCAAGUGUGUGUAUGUGUGUGUGUGUGUGUGUGUGUGUGUGUGUGUGUGUGUGUACAUUGCCAUGAAACAUAAAUCAUGGCAGUUGUGAACCCAUACUGACCAGUUUGGAAACUAUAGAUGUCCAAGCUUACUGUGGUAUAAUUUACAACAACAAUAACAAAAAUCAUCUGGGGUUGGGCUACAUAUUCCCUCUAAAAAUACUGAUGGUCACAAGAUUGCCUUCUUAUGUAAAAUAAAAAAAGGAGAGUAGUUAAUUUGACAGUGGGUUUUAUUUAUUCCUAUGGUAUUAAGGGAUUAUAAUGCAGCUGUUGUCAAGGUACCAAUUUCAAUCAUUUUACUGAAAUGUAACUUCCUGUCGGUGGUGACAGGGACAAAUAUUUCUCACAUGUUUUGUAAUUGUUGUCCAUGCAUUGUGAUGGUUAAGAUUACGUUUACUAAAUUAGGGUGUAUUGAUGAGACAGUAUUUGAGCAAAAAUAUGUUUCUUUUUUUCUGAAGUUUGGAGUUUAACUCAUUUGCAUACACUGCCACUAAUAUCUUAAAAGACUGUUAAGGCUAGUAGACCUCUUCCAUUUCAAAACACAAGAAAAAAAGAAAGAUUCUUUUGCUGAUGGUUUUUUUUUUAGCCUUUCACAUUCACAGUUAUGGCAGGCUGGCAUAUGCGACUAAACUCUCUCCUUCAUAAUUGCUGCUCCUCAACUUGCACCUGACUGUUAUGGGAUGUAGAUUAAAAAAGGAUUUGUCACUUUAACUAUUGUUGUUAUUGAGUAGCCUACACGGUUUUCAUUUGAUAAUUGAAUUAUAAUAUCGGGGGGCAUUUAGGCUAGUUGUUGAUUGGAACAGUGUUAAAGAGGGAGGGAUUUAAUUUGAAUCAAAUUUGAAUUGGAAAUAAUUGCCAUCCUCAUCCUUAAAGUCCUGUAUAACCAGUUCAAUACAAUUGCACAGCUAUUUCAGCAAGUGGGAGCUAAAUGCAUUACUCUUUAUGUAUUGGCUCUCCCUGAAGGCUCAAAUGGCAUGCAACGUUUUGAAAGGAAAUACAGUCUGAAAGCAAAACAAGUAGCUCCAUUGAAAUCACACUGUUUCGUGAUAUACCACAAGUUGCAGACGGACUUUCUAGACAAUAGUAUACAUUCCUGAUUUUUCUAAAAACCCAGACACAGCAUGUACAGAAUAGAUUUGGAAGCUAGUGUGCGCAAGUUGUCAUCCAUGCAUCACAUCACUUAAGGCUCAUUUCUGAUAUUUGAAUUGUUUUUGUAAUUGCUUUUUACUCAAAAUAGGACACACACACACACACAUGCAACUGCCUGCAACUGCAAUCUGAAGGAUUUGCUCAUUUAUGUGAGCAAACACUUUCGUAGUUGUAUUGUUAAAAGAAUAACUGCAUACAGUGGUCUUAAAAAGACCUGCUGUAGAUAAAAAAAAAACAAAGUGCUACUUUGCACAUUUUCUUAAAAUGCCUGUGCUUAAUAUUUAAUCAUUUUCCUUAAAUGAACUUCUAUGAUUUUCUUUUAUUCAAUUUCAAAGGAAAAAAAAAACAUUUUUUUAAAUCUUGAUAAGUGGACUGCAUUAUUUUCUUGCAUAUAUGUUGCACUGCUUAAACCAAUAAGUGCACUACUGUUAACAGAGAUAUUAUAGUUUUAGAAAAGAGGAUUUUUUUUUUUAAAUCUAACAUUUGGUUGUAGAGUUCACAUGUAAUAGAAUAGCUUCGUUUCAAUUUAUUCAUUAAGUAAUUCAGCGGUUCUUGGCUUUUGUUAUUGCUUGCAGUUACCUACAGUAUAUACUUGUGCCGUGUUAAUGCAAGCAUUUAUUUUUAUUUAAAUAUGUACCAUUACGUGUGCUCAUCUAUGUUUUAACCUUUGAAUUCAUUCUUUUAUGGAGUACGCUCUCUAUAACAGUUAUUCAAUUGCAUUUCUUCACAAACAGACAGAAUUUUCUUACAAGAACAUCCAAGCCAAACAACAUGAACAGUGAAACAACAACAGUAAUAAAACACAACUCCCGUCCAACUCCGUUGGCGGAGGUAAUAAUAACUAUUAUUAUAUUAUUAAUAAUAAUACAUUUAUAAUGUGUGUGUGUGUAACAUAAAUGAUGUGUGUGUCCUAGAACAACUUUCUGUGGGUUUAAAGGUGUGGGGAGGUGAUGGAAUGCAGCUUCUUUGAUAUCUGUCUGUCACUUGUACACAGUUGUGUCCCUUCCUUAGUGUUUGUAUGUCUGUGAGUGUCUGUGUGUGGUAUAUAGCCUAAUCAAACUGUUGAUAAGUGGAAUAUCUGAACUGUAGGGCUUCCUUAGCAAUAUGCAACGCAGGUACUAUGAGAAGCAGCUCUCCAAACCUUUUGGGCUAAUGUGGCACCUGUAACAUUUGUUAUGAGAUUCGACUAAAGCAGAGGUCAAGUACCGUUGACUUUGUCAUACGCGUUUGGAGGAGUUAUUUCCAGCAUUUUGAUGCAAAACUUUAUUUAAUUGCUACUAGAUUUCCUGUGGAGUCAGUUGAAGUGAAGUCAAGUGACCAACAUGUGAGACACGGAGAGAUUCUGUAUUCCGGUUUCUCCCCCAGCUAAAAAAAGAAAAUAUUGACCCACACGUUAGAGGUAUGCUGAAAAGGCGUGAGGUUAGUCUGCAGUAAAAGUAGCACAUUAUUUAACGUUUGAUUGGGCCUGUCUCCUAUGGUGUGCAUAUAAGCCUAAAUUGUAUGGUUCCUGUUUGUAGCUGUUGUUGCCAGGAUGGCAAUAUUGCUGCAUGCUAGUGCUAUAUUUGUCUCUACACAGCACGUGGAGGGUAAUCUCAUGCCUUAACAGACAAUGCACUAAAUAGAAUAUGUAAGCAACUGCCGAGAUCUCUUUCCAACAGUACUGCCACAUGUAUGGCACACAGCUCAUGAUGUUGGUGUUUGUUGUCUGUUCAGUACCAAGUUAAACACUGCCAAACUAACAUCAUCACUUCUUUGAAAGCAAAGGCAGAGACAUGAAUUGAAAUGUUUCAGUGUAAUGUAUGUAUCCAGUAAUCUAGCAUUCCUUCAUGGCACCUAAAUUUUACAUAUUUUGUGUGAACACAUAUAUCAAAUGCACUAUUGACUGUAGCUAGAUGAGUACAACCAGCUUUGUGGUAUCAUUGGUCUAAAUAGUAGGUUAAGUAGCUCGAUGUUGGUUUUUGAAAUAUUUGAUUUCAGAAUUACACUAUCAAUUGUUUCUCUAUCUUUUUAUUUUUUUCGGAAUAACAAAAGUAGCCAAUCUCAACGUUAUCUGGAUGAGGGCUAAUAACUCGUCCCAUUGUCAGUUGACUUCUUGUAUCAUAAGGUGUUUGAUAACAGACCAGGCUAGGAAGGGGAAGAACCUUCUCUCCAGUGUGUCAUUACAUGCUAUAGCAUACCCCAGGCUUUCUCUCCCCCUCCCCUCCCCUCCCCUCCCCUCCCUCCUCCUCCCCUGUUGCAUUAGCAUCACAUGCUCUUCACUGUCCAUAGUUAUAUAUUCCUUAUACUGCUUCAGCUACUCGUGGUGGUGCUUAAUCCUCUUUUCUCAGUGUUGCAAAAAGUCGGUUGAAAAUUGUUGAAAAGUUGCAACAUUAUCCAGAAAAUAAGUCCUUAUCUCAAUCGUGCUUCUUCUAGUUGUUAGUUUGGAAAAAAAAAAAGUCUAGGCUUUAUGUUUGCAAAGUGUUCGCAUAUUUUCCAGAACAAAACAUAUUGAAAAGUAGAUAAUAGCCUUGAGCCUGCAGCUGUUUGUAUUGUGUUUCAAAUAUAUUACUGUUCAUGUUUUGUUUAUCUUAGUGUAGAGACACAGGGUCUACAGUACAUUGUUGUCCUUCUUGCAGUAUGUUUAAUUCAUCGUUAUACUUCUUUAUUUCAGGCUUUCUCCUGCUUUUUUUUUUAAUGGUGAUCAUAGUGGUGUUGUUUAUACAUACAUAGCUUCAUGCAACUGGAUAAAGGAUAGUCAGUUAUUGAGUCAUAUGUCACAGUGUAAUAUACAGUAUAUGCUUAUAUGCUUUGCAUUGAGAUGAAAACAAGGAAAUGGAAGAUAGUAAUGGUGAGGGUCAUGUUGAGUAAGGAACAGGUUAAUUUUAUUCUGAUAAGCAUGUGUCUGUCUUCCUGUUUGUCUAUCAGUCCGUCUCCACACAUUUUAAGUCAGAAUUUUUUUAUUUAAGCCUGAAUAAAGUCACAAAGUUAAGAGUAGAAUACAGAAAACACAUGAAACCAUUCAGAUAAUACGUAACUGCAUUGUUUUUUUUUGCCUUCUACAGUACACAUAAGAGUGAAAUAAAUAACUUCUUACAAAUAUACUAUAUAUAUUUAAGUAUCACCAUCUCUACACAGAUGAAGAAUACAUUUUCAGAUAGUUUGAUAAAGACAUAAUUGCAGCUAGAGUAUACAGUACCUUGUGGGAUAUAGGGAAUAUGCCUAUCAAGUGCCUAUCAGUACAUACAACUAUACAGAAUAUUCAUAGUUUUUCUCUCCUACAUUGCACAGAUACAGUAUAUACACAAUGGUCUAUUAAAAUAUACUAUUUAUACUAUUACUGCUAAGACCUGGUGGUUGUGAGUGCAUCCUAAGAGAACCCUUUAAAAUACCUGAAAUGUUCUAUACAUAUACAGUAAAGGCUACAUCUGCAAGUUUUAUUUUGUAACUUACAUCUAUACAGUUUUGGAGGAUUCAAUGAUAUAAAAUGCAAUCACGUUUUUGACGUUUUAUCGUCUAAAUAAAAAAAAUAGGUUGAGUAGGUUCAGAUGGUUCCUGAAAAAAAUAAUUAUGAAACAUUGAAUGACCUAUUUUUUUUUUUUUUUUUUUCAGGUUGCUCAACCUCGUUACUGUUUGGGAUAUUACACAUGCCGUUUUUUUUUUUUUUUUUUUUUCAGUUUUUUGCCAUUUGCAAACAAGCCAUAUGCUGUACUGUAUGUUUGUGGGGGAAGGGCAGUGGCAUUUUGUGAACAGCAGAGGGAGCCACACAUCAGCUGGAAGAGGUGGAGUUAACACGCUGCCUGCCACAAUGAACGAAAACCCCAACUCAGAUGUUUGGAUAUUUUUAAGAUCUUGUUGCGGGUAAAUAUUGCAAUUCUUCAGAUUAUAAUAACAUCUAAAAGCAUGGCAGUGGUUACCUCCACUGGUAGGAUCUGGCAGCUGCACUACUUUUUCAAAGUACACUAUGUGUCCUUUGACCUUGAUGACAGGCCCUUCCACAUGCAAGCCAAUGCCCAGUUUCCCAAGAACAAUCAUUAAAGUGUUAUCUUAUCUGACAGCAUUAUUGUUUACGUACAGCUUGAAAUUGUAAAGGGCAACGAGCAACGUGAAAAAAAAAAAAAAGAAAGAAACUGGUCAUUAAACGUUAGACUCACAGUAGAUAUUUAUAACCACUACCUGGAGGAAAAAAUGAGAUUACAAAUUGGAAGUUUUGGCAAUGGCGAACACACAGGCAGCAUUCAAAUGUCUUUAAGUGGUCGGUUUAACAACAUGAAAACAAAACUAAAAUGAAAGUAUAGUGGAAUAAAAAAACAAAUGAAGUUUCAGGACUGAGUGGCUGUGAGAUAAAAGGUUUUGGGAUGGCUUAUUAUUCUUUCCCCUGUGGACCAAUUACCACAGUUUUCUCUCUAACCUUCUCCAGCCUAGUUACUGUGCCAAAUUUAGGAGGAAAAAAAAAACACUUUUUAAAUUAUGCCACUGUUGUUAAAUUAGAUGUGAGAACCGAGCAGAAAAGCGAAAAAAUAAAAGAAUCUUUCUAAGUAAGAAAUUUCUGUAAAGCCUAUAACAUGAACACAAAAUGCAUCAUACCAAAAGCAAGUGAUUGCUUCUAUUUUGAAUCUUUAAAUCCUCCAUAAUACAUUGUUUUCAAGUAAAUAGGAGAAAACAGCUAUGAUUAACAAAUGCACACUUUGAAGGCUUAGUUUCAUAUACAUUAAAUGUUAAAAAGGAGCAUUGAUAAUAUAGGCAAUGUGAUAUAGCUAGUCCCUGUCAUCCAACCGUCACACACUGACACACACAGACAGCAUCUGCUCAUAUCUUACAGUCAAACCUUCAGAUUCUGUUCUUACACACAUACAGUGAAGCAGCUGUUCAGAUUUAAAAGUACAACUCAGCUAAACUAAGCUAUAAUAACAUCUAGAUUAUAUUAUUACUUUCUCCGAACAUGCAGUUAUUACACUACCAUGAUGAGGUUUUUAAUAAAACGUCUUCAUCAGGUAGCUACCAUUGAUCAGUCCAAAUGAAGCAUGCAGUCCUGUCUACACAGCUUUUUCCUGUAGGGGGUUACUUUGUUUUUCAUGGAGCACAAACUAUUUUUGAGUGCCCCUCGAUAACAGGAUUUCUGUAUCUUUUAAAAAAAAAAAAACCUCACUAUGGUGAGGAGGCUCAGGCGUGAUUUAGCCUCUAAAGACUGAACACUGAGCCUCUUUGUGUUCUCACUCGCUGUAGUCUUUUUGGCUUAGUCCAGCUCGAUGAGACAAUUAGUUUUUAAAGUGUGCAGCAGCGUAACUAAAAACAUGCAUUCCUGUUCAAGUCCAGAACAUUCCAACUCCUAGUCUGGCAUUUGUUUUCCACACUUAACUAACCUAACAUUAAGGAGGAUUUCCAGCGCUUAAUCGUUUUAAAGAUCUGUUGGAUAUUUUAUUAUGUAGUAGCAAACAUUGCCCAUUACAUCAAAGUUUAGUAAAAAAAAAUUACAUUUCCCUCAAAUAGAUCAGUUUUUAAAUCUCAUCUCGCUGUUUAUUCAAAUUCUGCCAUGAGAUCACGAACCUCAUAAGCACCGCUUAUGCUCGUAUGGACUGGUUCUAUAGACAACAUGCACUAUGCUAUCACUCUGUUUCUCUAUGUAGGUCUCUUUUUUAUAGUGCAGCAGUGACGUAGAAAAUCAAAAACUGCAAAAAGAGAAGCUCUUCUUCACCACGAUGUUGGUCACUGUCUCAGCCAGCACGUCGUCUGCCAUAAGGGACACGCAGACUUAGAUCAAACAUUUUUAGCACUGUAAUGUUCCUAAAGGGGCUGCUGGUGGUAAUUUGUAAAAUGGGGCCAUGCUAAUCAUUAGAGGUCAAAUGGGGGAAGAAAAAAAAACUGUACUAGACAAUGUUUGUUUUCACAAACCAAAGAAGGGUUAAGAUAAUUUAAGUUUUAUGGAGAAAAUAACAUUUCUUUUCUGUGUGUGGGGUUCCUACGGUUGGGCUAGAUUGCUACAGUUGUUUUGUUUUUUGGGGGGUUUUCUUUGUUUUUCUUCUCAUUGCAGGGUGCUUGUGAAAAUGCAUCUAUGUUUUGUCACUUGAUCAGUUGUUUAUAGUUUUGUGGUUGUGUUAAUUUGCCUAUUGUAGACCAAAAUCUUUUUUUUUUAUAAGAAAUGCAACAAAAGAUAAAAAUGAAUCUGACACAGUAGCUGUGAUGUAAACUAUCGCAUGUUAAAACAUGUAUAAGAUUGUAAAUGUUGCAUUGUUCCUCUGACAAAAAGCAUAAUACUCAAUAAUCACCGGUUACGUCUUCUAUACACACACACAUUUAGCAAAUCAGUGUAGACCUGUUCACCUUCACAUUGGAGUAUAUCGAAAUAGUUUUGUUAUAGCAGUUUUCUUCAAAUAUUGGCACCGUCUAAUAUUUUCAGGCUGUCCCUAAAAUACUAAUCUGAUAUUGUGACUUAAGAGUACAUUUAGCCAUUUACACUUGAGAUGGACCAAGAUGUUAAGUUUGCACAUAUUUGUAGGUUGUUUAUUAAGCCAAAAAAAAAGGAUAGAGAGAAUAAAGAUACAACUUUCAGUCAGAUCUAGGUGAGGCGCUCAAGAUCUCUGAGCAGAUAUUACAGUCGUUCAUGUUCGCUGGGGAAAAAAAAAAAAAGCAUCCAGCCAUCACUACAUGACGAAAAUUAAUUCAAAACCAAACUGUAACACGAAUUUAAAUAUGACAAUGUGGUCCAAAUAUUUAUGAAAGUGAUUACAAUAUAUUUUUGUAAUAACAACACACAUCAUCUUCAAGCGGAAUGUAAACCAUUUGGCAAAAUCUGACAAUAUUUUAUUACUGUAAGGUCUAAUUCCACGUGAAUCUGCUGUAUAUUUUUCAUCCUGUGUGUUUAAAAUAGGAAAUUGAAAUACUGUAAUUCGGGUGAUGUUUUGUACCUAGGGGGUGAAGACAGAAUUUCUCAAAUAUUGCCAUUACAAAUCAGAAAUGACAUGUGUCCUAAUCAAAGCAGCUUAGGUUUUUGUUUCAUCUGGCUUUCAGGCUUUUUGCUGCCAUAUCUUGUAUGUAGAUGCUUUUUGUAAACAUGCACUCGAGUUGAACUAUGAGAUGUGCUUAUAAAUAUGUGUAUAUUUUGUUAGGCUCUUUUUGGCCUACGUUAGCUUGAUAUUUUAUUAUUUCCCUAAAAAUACUUCUCCUAUAUAGUUAUGAACUUGGCAGAAGUGGAGCUGUUGUAGUAAAGGUAGUUAACAUCACAACUAAGCAACCCUGAAAUAUAUGCUGCAGUAAUGUGUUUUCAGUUUGUUUUUGAUAAUUUAUGCUCCAAGUUGGUUUGUAUUUUAUUAUUAUUAUUGUUAUGAAACAAGCUUGUUUGAAAUGUAUUGACUGCUGUUUUAAAAAAUAGGGGAUAAAGUUUCUUUUUUUUUAAUGUAUGUGCAAGGACGUUUUUAUAAUAUGAUUUGUCAAACACUGGACUGGAGUGAGUUUUCCAACAUUUCCAAGUUGAGAGAUGUAUUUGACAGACAUAACUGCACAGACGACACCCGUUAGCACAGAUGUGAGCUGACAGACAAAGCACAUCCUCCCAGCUGUACAGGGGAGGGUGACUAACAUGGCCGCCAUCCUACCCACUCAAAAAUAGGAGUCAUUUAAAUGUAAGAAGUUAAGACAUUUCCUUUGUGCUGGUUUAAUUGCAUUCAUUGGGUGAUGGGUUAUGUAUAAUAGAAAAAUAUUUAUUAGGGGUUUCCUUCCAAAUUGUUGCAUGGCAUCGACUGGUGACAGAUUUUUUUUCUUUUCUUUUCUUUUCUGCAAAAAGAAAGAGUGCUCGCAUAAAUAUUCAGAAAAAAUCGUAAAGGGAUACCACUUGACAGCUAUCCAGUUAUCAAAAUCACCUGGUGUGUUCUUGCUAUGGUAGAGCAGAUAUGACAGUUGAGUCUCAUUACACCAACCACCACUUCUCAAACCAGAAAAGAGAUUUGCACUAGACUUAUUUUGGUCUUCUACUAUCAAAAGCAAUAUAAUUCACUCAACACAUUUUUAAACCAUAGUAUGUGACGGUUGUCGCCCACAGUGGCAAUGCUGAGUAAAUGGUGAUAUUUGACAAGUUUUGAUUUGUUUUGUUUUUGUAUUCAAAGGUACAGAAUCGGUCACCUUUUUUAAUGCACAUCCACGUGUUGUUGUUGUUCGUAGCAGGUUCUUUUGUACCCAGCAGUACCCCGAGUAUUAGUGUCCAGAUUUGAGGGGCAUUAAAACUGUUGUUUCCUCCUGUGAUUGUUUUGGACAAAUCAAGCAGCUCUUACAGAUCUGAAGUGAGAGACGGGAUGUAUGAGGGAUGGAAUCAUUUCCCAUGAGUCAAACUUGUCGAUCGUCUUCAUCACACAGCCAACAACAUUAUUAAAGAUAAAUACGAAUACCAAAAGAUAACCCCAGCAGUCCACUGUCCUGCACACCUUUAAAAACACUCGUCUUUCUCCGCAUAUUUGGUAACUUUUGAGUGCUUCUUGCUGGGAUGUUACAAAAAAAAUGCUUUAAAGUGAAAUAAUAAUGAAACGCUUCUUAGAGGAAGAAAAAAAAAAUCAAAAUGCACCUUUUUUUGUCGUACAAACACAACAUCAUUGGCCACAUAGGUAGAGAAUCUCUGUCCACCAAAAUGUAUCAUACGUCAUCCUUUUUCCAACGAGGUCAUUCACAACAGCAGUAAUUAUUGACCUUAACGUCGUUAUUUUGUUGAUGGAUAAGUGUAAAUUUUUCAAUAAUUCACAAACAGCAAAACUUCACCAUUUUAUCUGGAUGUAGUAGCUUUCCUGUUUUCACCGCUUUGUGGUGUUGUUGAAAGAUGUUGCGGUUUGUCUAAAUAUGUUGCGUGUUAGAGGAAGCAUAAGUAUGUGCCUUCUUGUAAUCUCCUUGGUGAGCUUGUUAUUAUUGAGAAGCUGAAGCCAGCCAAUUGUGUUUGCACUAAAACCAAAUUGCUUUUGUGAUGUAGACUAUUUAAGCAAGCUUGUUGCGUCACUUUAACCGUACAGUAUGCAUGAGGGUGAAAUUGGUAAGUCUAGGGCUAGAGCUCUCAUCUGUUGACCUGUAAACCAGUGCAGCUUAGAGGAUCUUGUGAAUAUAUCUUGGCUUAGUUUCGCAUUCAGUUUUCAAUUCCAUCUCCUUACUCAUCAAGUUUGUCACAAUUUCAACAGUUCAAAGAAAAAAUUAAAAAAAUCAAAUAAAAAACAAGAAAAAAAAGCAAAUAACACAUACCAUGAAUACAAUACAGCUUUUACUUUCACAUGCCACAGUUAGAGAGUUACACAACUGCAGCAGAGAUAUUACUUUCUCUGAAUCCAUGGGAAUGCAUGAGUAUACGAGGUCGCCUCAAGACUAUUGGUCAAAUUAAUUUAGGUUGUUUUUUGAAAACUUGUAUUUAUUACACAUUUUGUUGACAUCUAAGAAAGACCUAUAUGCUUUGAGUCUUACAAAUGCACCUUAUUCAUGUCAGUCCAUGUGGGGAAAAAAAAGGCUGGCAAUGUAAUAUCUCUGAUUUAGCACCUUACUACACAGCAUGUUUUCACUUUAUGCCAGUUUAGCUAUUCUUCCAUAUGUAUGAUUUCAAAAAUAAAUCUCAUAUUUUGUGAAAUUGUUUUCAUGGGAUGUGCCAAAGUUUGGAGGCGAUCUCCCAAGUGUUUAUGCUUAUCAUUUUCUUUUUCUCCUCCUUCAGUUAUAGCAAUGGUAUGUCAAAACUUUCCUAUAACAGUGUGUGGAAUCAAUUUAUCUCAGCAAACAGUAUCAUUACUUGCCAUUUUACAAUAAGCCCUGUAUUUCACAUAUAUUUACCAGUGAUGUGUAUUUGUUAUUAUAAAGAAAAUAGCCGUAAAAGCUUCAUUAUGUUACAUAAUAUUGUGACUUUUUUCGAAAAACUGUGAAGACUUAUCUUGCAUAUACUUUAUACAGAAGUAUUAAGCCUUAAUACAAAAGACUAAAAAAAGUGUGGAAGAAUAAACUGAUUGUUGCUAAGUAAGGAUGAUUUUUGUAAAUGUUACCAGCACUUUUUUUGUAAUUUUCACUCUCUGAGGUAUUGUACAAGUUCAAGCUGUUUGUGAAGUUUGAUUAUGAAGGAAUAAAAACUAGUACUUUCCUGUACUUCA